AUGGUUCCAUCCUUACACCAUGGCGAAGAACAGGAGAAACAGAAUAUUAUGGAUGCUCCACAAACUGCAGAGACAGGAAUGAAUGUGAAUUUAUAUCCUCUUACAAUUCGUAGAACUACACGGAGAAAACUCUUCGCACAAUCCGCACAAUCCGCACAAUCGCGAAUGUAUGUUAACAGGAAUGAAGUAAAUACCAAUAUCAUAGACUCUAGUGAAGUACCAGAUAAAAAUCAAACCGUUAGUACAAAUGAGCCACCAACUCCCAGUAAUGGUACUUUUGUUUAUAUUGGGAUUCCAAAGCAGUUUGUGCCAUCUAAAGAAAAUGGUAAUUCAUUUGAUUUUGACGUUAUCGUUAAUACAGAUCCUGUACAGAAACGUCUGUCCGCUCCUCUUAUGGAUACAGCAAACCAAGAAGGCGUGAACCACCCUAUUUCUUCACUCCCUCGUGUAAAUACAAUAGAUGAGGCAGAGAAAAAGAAAAUAAAGAAUAAAGAAGAUGAUAUAAAGAAAAGAAGAAGAGAAAUUGGAAAAGGGGAAGAAAGAAACAAAGAGCAAUUUCUUAGUGAAAUUUCCUCUUCCGGUUCUGGUGAUCUCUCUAGUUUAAAAGGAGCAGCCACUGUACCCACUUUCACAGGUCACUCCCGAAGGCGACGUCUCCCUAAACGUAAUAAUAUGCAUUCUUCACGGUUAGUCAUUAUGGAAACAGCAGAUGAUGGUCCUUGUAAUAGUUCCCAACAACAUAAAGAAAAAGAAAAAGAAGAAAAAGAUCAAAAACUUCAGAGAUGUCUUCCAUUACGGAACUGUGGAACCUCUUCUAGUACACUUCCUAUGCUAUUUGGCACAGAGGAGAAAUCAAUUGGUAAUUCAUCAUCUCCAAAACGUUUUGAAGAAGGUGAAGGAGGAGUUUGUGUUAAAUUAAAGAGUGAUCUCCUGUGCUCACAAAAUCAAGAGAAGAAGAAUAUGAGUCAUAGUGUUAGUAGAACCAUAUCUGGAGAUGAUUCAAACAGGAGUAAGUGUGAAGUUGAGGAAAAUGAUAAUAGAUAUUUACUAGUCUCAAUCAAUGAAAAUUCAUGUAGACCAUUAAAGAGUAUGGAUCACUACAAGGGUAAAGACCCCAAUCAGAUUAGUGAAAUCAUCUGUGGUAGUGAUACGAAUACGGAGAAGAAUCUAUCUACACAGUUGCAGUUACCUUUCUUGACAUAUUUAUAUGAUACCAACAAUAUACCGGAACUCCUUGAUGAUGAUGAUGAUGAUCGUGAUAAUGUAGACACCACUCAGCCUUUGGUGGUGUUACCAUCGGUAUCUAGUAAGAAUGCAGAACCCAGUAGCAAUGGAGAAGAAAUAGUGAAGAGUGAAGAGGAUGUAUUUAACGCUGGUAGAAACCAGGAGUCUCAUGAACAACGACGACGACGACGACGAAGAAGUUCCUGGUGGACUGGUAGUUCUCUCCGACAGGCAUUUUCCCGUUUAUAUGGUAGACAUUCAGGAAAAAAUAGUGAAAGUAGUGGAAAUAGUGCGAGUAGUAUUGGUUUCGUUGCUCAACUACACCAGGAAGAUCAGGAGGAUCAUAGUCGUAAGAAGAAGAAGAAGCGAAAAAGUAUUGUAGUCUCACCAGUACGUGCAUUGCCGCCUUCUUCACGUCGUUUUCCCACUUCCGGUGACUCUACACAUUGUUCACCGCAAUCUCAUACAUUUGUCUCUGGUAAAACAAUGCAUACAAAGAGAUGUGAUGCCUCUGCCUUUCGUUCUGUCGUCUCUGGACGGCAGAGUGUAGAAAUAGAAACAGGAACCACAACAGAUCUUUCCACAGCCCGCUUGAAUUCCACAAAUGGAGAUCAUAAGACACGGCGAGUGCGGAGUAGUAAAGGAUCUCUCUGUAAAGAUGAUGACGUUGCCGUCUUUUCCCCAUUAGUGCCUUUUCUAACCGUACAAAGCAUUACGAGUGAGGUUGGGGAUAAUAAUAAUAAUAAUAAUAAUAACGGUCCUGAAAGCAGGACUUUAGGGUCAGAGAGUGGAGAGAGCUCCAUCCUCUCAUUCUAA